AUGCUUUAUGUGGACGCCUUCAUCUAUGCUACAGCAGCCUGGUACAUUGAAGCCGUGUUCCCAGGUAAGUAUGGUGUGCCUCAGCCGUGGAAUUUCGUCUUUAAUAUCAACUACUGGAGGGGAGUUCCACUAAAGAAUGACAUGCCAAUCCCUGCUGUUCCUAAACGGCAUCGUAAAGGUGAGACUGAAAGUGAUUGCAUUGAAGCCGACCCAAGUGAAAUGGUCCUUGGUGUCCAUAUAAGUAACCUUGUGAAAAUCUACAAAAAGGGAGGCAAGAUGGCUGUCAACCACCUCGACCUGAAGUUUUAUCAGGGGCAAAUCACCUCACUUUUAGGACAAAAUGGAGCAGGAAAAACAACUACCAUGUCUAUACUGAUUGGUCUGUUCCUUCCUACUUCGGGGACCGUGUAUAUCCAAGGGAUGGACAUACGGAACAACAUGGACAUCAUCCGAAGGACCCUGGGAUUUUGUCCACAACACAAUGUCCUGUUUGACUUUAUGACGGUGCAGGAGCAUGUCUGGUUUUAUGCACGCCUCAGGGGUAUAUCUGAAAAAAAAGUAAAGGCUGGCAUUAAUUCUUGGCUCAAAAGUGUUGGACUGCUUCACAAACGUCAUGAAUGGACAAAAUUCCUCUCUGGUGGAAUGAAGAGAAAGCUGAGUGUGGCAAUUGCAUUUAUUGGCGGACCAAAGGUGGUUGUUUUGGAUGAACCUACAGCAGGGAUGGACCCACACGCCCGCCGAGGGAUCUGGGACAUGUUGCUGAAAUAUCGCAGAGACCGAACAAUCAUCCUCGCCACUCAUUACAUGGAUGAGGCAGAGAUACUUGCUGAUCGUAUUGCCAUUAUCUCCCAUGGAAGGCUGUGCUGCUGUGGGUCCCCGUUGUUUCUUAAAUCUAAACUGGGGGUUGGCUCCACCCUGACUUUGGUCAAAGAGCUAAGUCCGUUGGUGAAGGACGAACUGGCCGCCCGCAACGGAGCAGCAGCUUUGGAGGACCUUAUUGGACUGUCCCAGUACGUCAUUAGUCUGAGUCGGAACCGCUGGAUUCUGAGGAAGCUCGGUGAGUGCCUGCUUGUGGAGAACAGAAUGAAGCCUGGUGUCGUGCUCUUGUUGGUCUCUACCCCAGACAAGGACGUCGUCCAUUGCUGCGUUUUAUCUGCCAUGUCCGUUGUGCCAUUCGGCUUGAUGCUAUUCCUGACUAAUGAAAGAGUCAGUCAAGCCAAACAACUCCAGUUUGUCAGCGGCGUCAAACCAAUAAUCUACUGGGUGGCAAACCUUUUAUGGGACCUGGUGGUGAGCCCAUGGGAAGGGGGUCCCACGUUACCUUUUCGGGCUGUGCCUGGCCGGGCCACAUGGAUACAGGCCCGGCCACCAGACGCUUGCUUUCGAGCACCACCUCCUGGCAUGGCUCCAGAUGGGGGCCCGGACUCCGCAGUCUUCUCCCCAACGGCAGCAAGCUGGUCGUCGGGAGAAGGAGGGGACUUCCGCGCCGUGGUGGAGUUGUCUGCCUCAAAGCGGGCGAAGAAGUCAUUGAAGUGGUUCAGCAGAGAGAUGGAGCUGUCGCAGCGAUCGGCAAUCCUCCUGGAGUACUGUCUCUUGGCCAAUCUGAUGCCACGUGACAGGUUGGCCCUGGCUGUUCUUAGGCUCACCUCGUCCCCGGCUCUGAAGGCAGCAUUCCGAGCCCUCAGGAGCCUGUCGACCUCUCCAGUUAGCCAUGGCUUCUGGUUGGACCGGAUAAUGAUGUUCAUGGGAAAGCAAAUGUUCAUGAUCCUCCCCAUUUACUCCUUCGCAGAUGGACUCAAAAACUUGGAACAACAUGCCAAAGAUCCUUUCGACCAGGAAUUUGUUGGAAAAAAACUUAUUAUAAUGGCAGGAGAGAGUGUCAUCUUCUUUCUUUUCACAAUAAUGCUGGAGUACAAGUUCUUCAUCCAGAGCGAAAUGCUGCCUUGCACUAAGAUCCCUCUUGGCUCAGAGGAUGAGGAUGAAGAUGUAGCCAUGGAAAGACAGAGAGCUGAAAGUGGUCAAGCUAAUUCAGACAUGCUUACUAUGAUCAAUCUGACAAAAAUUUACCGAGGUAAAAGUAAACCAGCAGUCAAUCAACUUUGCCUAGGGAUUCCUCGUGGUGAGUGUUUUGGCCUGCUUGGUGUCAAUGGCGCAGGGAAAACGACGACAUUUCGCAUGCUGACGGGGGAUACGACUGUCAGCUUCGGAAAUGCUUUCCUCAACAACUGCAGUGUCGCACGUGAAAUGGACAAGGUUCACCAGAUGAUGGGAUACUGCCCACAGUUUGACACCAUGUGGGGGUUGCUGACUGGUACCGAACACCUGGAACUGUAUGCUCGUCUACGAGGGGUGCCUGAGGAGUCUGUCACCAAGGUGGCUGUAUUGGCUUUGAAGAAGCUUGGACUAAGCAAGUUGUCCAAGCAAAAAGCUGAAGUUUACAGCGUAGGCAAUAUGCGGAGGCUCAACACUGCUAUCGCUCUCAUUGGUGCUCCGCCUGUUAUAUUUCUGGAUGAGCCCACCACAGGCAUGGACUCACUGGCUAAAAGGUUCAUGUGGGACAACAUCCGGUCCCUGAACAGAGAUGGAAGAUCAGUUGUUCUGACUUCCCACAGUAUGGAGGAAUGUGAGGCUCUCUGCAGCAGAAUAGCCAUCAUGGUCAGUGGCUCUUUCAUGUGUCUUGGCUCUGUGCAGCACUUGAAGAACAGAUUUGGUGGUGGCUACGUCAUCACCUUGCGUCUGGCAGACAGUGAAUGCAAUCAAGACACUUCUCCAGUCGUCAUCUUUAUGAAAAACGCAUUUCCAGUGAUCAAGCUGAAGAAGCAGUACCAUAACAUACAGCAGUACCAGCUUCCGGCAAAUGCCUGUUCCCUGGCUGAAGUGUUUAACACGCUAGCCAACAAUUAUGAGGAGUUGGGCAUAAGGGACUUCAGUGUUUCACAGACCACGCUGGACCAGGUUUAUAUCAAC